CCCCGCCAUGGAGCCGGGCAGCGUGGAGAACCUGUCCAUCGUGUACCGGAGCGGCGACUUCCUGGUGGUGAACAAGCACUGGGACGUGCGCAUCGACAGCAAGGCGUGGUGCGAGACCCUGACCCUGCAGAAGCAGUUGCGGCACCGCUUCCCCGAGCUGGCUGACCCUGACACCUGCUACGGGUUCAGGUUCUGCCACCAGCUGGACUUUUCUACCAGCGGGGCACUGUGCGUGGCCCUGAACAAGGCAGCUGCAGGCAGCGCUUACAGGUGCUUCAAGGAGCGGCGCGUCACCAAGGCUUAUCUGGCUCUGGUGCGGGGGCACGUCCAGGAGAGCCAGGUGACCAUCAGCUACGCCAUUGGCAGGAACAGCACGGAGGGCCGGGCGCACACCAUGUGCAUCGAGAGCACGCAGGGUUGCAAGAACCCAAAACCGAGUCUCACAGAACUGGUAGUUCUGGAACACGGGUUGUACGCAGGCGACCCCGUCUCCAAAGUGCUGCUGAAGCCACUCACAGGCCGGACACACCAGCUCCGCGUGCACUGCAGCGCCCUUGGCCACCCAGUGGUGGGGGACCUGACAUAUGGGCAGGCCACAGGCCGGGAGGACCAGCCCUUCCGCAUGAUGCUGCAUGCCUUCUACCUGCGCAUCCCCACGCGGGCCGAGUGCGUGGAGGUCUGCACGCCGGACCCCUUCCUGCCCAGCCUCGAUGCCUGCUGGGACCCCCAUACUCUGGUGCAGUCUCUUGAUCAGCUUGUCCAGGCCUUACAGGCCGCCCCUGACCCUGACCCCAUGGAUGGGGACCCUGGGCCCUGCAGCUUCUCCAUGCCCCCACCGCCUUGUAGCAAGCCACUCAAGACUGAGGCACAGCAAGCCUCGUGUCUGCAGUGGCUGUCAGAAUGGACUCUGGAGCCGGACAACUGAGAGCUGCUGCCCUGGAGGUGGGGGGUGGUGGACUGGGACUUCUAGGGGGCUGGGGCUGCACGUCAGAGCCCUAGGCCCAUCCUGAGGCAGGGGUGCCCCUCUUGGGCAAGCCCACAAUCACCGGCUCCUGGGCCUGGUUGUAGAGGAGGACUCUGGGGGACACUGGGCUGCCAGGAAGGGCCAGCAGGGGGUGCCAGGCAGCCAUGGUCGCUGGCAGGCGUGGCGUAGUCUGACUGUGGGACUGAUGCCCAAUUCCCAGGGCCUUCCUCCCAGCACCCCCUAGGGGAAACCAAGGCCCUUUCUUCCUCCUGGAACAGCUUUUUGGCACCAAAGUUACACCCUAGGGGUCUCUGUUUUAUACUUAUCCAAGGUUACACAGUUGGAGGAGGCAGUCAGGAUCUGAGCAGUCUUUGUCCCAGAGUAGGCUUUUUCUGGGCCCAAGCAGCUGCUACCUCCCGUGGGCCCCCAGCCCAAUCCCAGAGCAGCAGGAGCCCAGGCCCACCCAGUCUGGUGUUCUGAAGCUCUGUGCUCCUCACUGCUCUGCCCAGACCUGCUGUACCCCUCAGCCUGCUGCACCCUCUCCUUCUGCAGACUCCACCCAUCACGGAGUCUGCAUGAUGCCCAGCCUGCUUUGUGCCUUUGCUUUUGCCAGACUCCGCCCACCAGCUUCACCCUUCUCCACCUGGAUCCUGAGCUCGGGGCGGCACUUGGCCUCAGCACAUGGGUGUGGGUUGGAGGCAUUGGUCGAGGAGCCUCUCAUAGGCGUCCCUCCAGAUCUGCUGGGAGCUCUGCUUCUGCUGCGGAAUCUUCCAGCCUCCUGGCUGCAGCUGCUGCUGCUACGUCCCCGCCUGGCUCCUGCACAGCCACAGGCUGUCAGUCUCUGCCUUAAGGGCCCAGCCUUGGAGCCGUGGGCCUAUGGGGCCCACCUCCUCUGUCCCCCAGCUGCAGCUGGGCUGUAGAGACUCUUAAGUAAAUACUGGGUGAUUGACCCUGA